AUGCAGGCCUUCUCCAGAGCUCGCCCUGCCUCCAGGGCCCUUUUCGGCCAGGCCAGGACAUACAGCUCCUCCAGCCCUUACGCGGCCACCAUCAACAACCUUCGCAUCAACUCUGAUACCAAGGUCAUCUACCAGGGCUUCACCGGAAAGCAGGGAACUUUCCACGCUCAACAAGCUAUCGAUUAUGGAACCCAAGUUGUCGGUGGUACGAAUCCCAAGAAGGCUGGCACUAUGCAUCUCGACCGUCCCGUCUUCGCCACCGUCUCCGAUGCCGUAAAGGAGACUGGUGCGACUGCGUCUUGCAUCUUCGUCCCUCCUCCCCUUGCCGCCGCCUCCAUCGAGGAGGCCAUCAACGCCGAGAUCCCCCUCGUCGUCGCCAUCACCGAGGGUAUCCCCCAGCAUGACAUGGUCCGCAUCACCUCCAUCCUCAAGUCCCAGUCCAAGAGCCGUCUCGUGGGCCCCAACUGCCCCGGUAUCAUCGCCCCCGGCCAGUGCAAGAUCGGCAUCAUGCCCGGCAACAUCCACAAGCGCGGCCGCAUCGGCAUCGUCUCUCGCUCCGGUACCCUGACCUACGAGGCCGUCAACCAGACCACCCAGGCCGGCCUCGGCCAGUCCCUCGUCGUCGGUAUCGGCGGUGACCCCUUCUCCGGCACCAACUUCAUCGACUGCCUCAACGUUUUCCUCAAGGACGAGGAGACCGACGGCAUCAUCAUGAUUGGUGAGAUUGGUGGCUCCGCCGAGGAGGACGCCGCCGAGUUCCUCAAGGCCAACAACACCAUCAACGGCGGCAAGCCCGUCGUCUCCUUCAUCGCCGGUAUCUCCGCGCCCCCGGCCGCCGCAUGGGCCCUCGAGAGCGCCGGCGUCAUUGUCGAGCGAUCUCCCGCCAGCCUUGGCAAGGCCCUCUACAACGAGUUUGUCCGCCGCGACCUCCUCUAA